AACCACCGCGCAUGCGCACCGCUUCACCAUCGGCUGUCCUCCAGCGGUCCACCUAGGUCGGUCUGGGCGAUUUGCCUCCUUGCAAAAAAUGGCAAUGAAGGCACUCCGUGGAAUGGUGAACGGGGCCAUGAACGAAAUUUCCUCCGCUGUAAGCGGAGCGAAGGUAACCGCGGCCAGGGAGCACGUACAGGCGGUCAGCCGUGACUACAUCUCGCAGCCUCGUCUCACCUAUAAGACAGUAUCUGGUGUCAAUGGACCUCUGGUUAUCUUGGAUCAGGUUAAGUUCCCCAGAUAUGCAGAGAUUGUUCACCUGACCCUUCCUGAUGGCACAAAGAGGAGUGGGCAGGUACUGGAAGUGACCGGCUCCAAAGCAGUAGUGCAGGUCUUUGAAGGAACCUCUGGUAUUGAUGCCAAAAAGACCAGCUGUGAAUUUACUGGGGACAUCCUUCGCACUCCCGUGUCAGAAGACAUGCUUGGUCGUGUUUUUAAUGGUUCAGGAAAACCAAUUGACAGGGGUCCUAUGGUUUUGGCAGAAGACUACCUGGACAUAAUGGGGCAGCCCAUUAACCCUCAGUGCAGAAUCUACCCAGAGGAAAUGAUCCAGACGGGCAUCUCCGCUAUCGAUGGCAUGAACAGCAUUGCCCGAGGACAGAAGAUCCCUAUUUUCUCUGCCGCAGGUUUACCACACAAUGAGAUUGCAGCACAGAUCUGUCGCCAAGCAGGUCUCGUCAAGAAAUCCAAAAGUGUAAUGGAUUACAGUGAGGAUAACUUUGCCAUUGUAUUUGCUGCCAUGGGGGUUAACAUGGAAACAGCAAGAUUUUUCAAGUCUGACUUUGAAGAGAAUGGUUCUAUGGAUAACGUGUGCCUCUUCUUGAAUUUGGCCAAUGACCCGACAAUCGAGCGCAUCAUCACCCCUCGCCUGGCUCUAACCACUGCCGAGUUCCUGGCCUACCAGUGCGAGAAGCACGUGCUGGUCAUCCUGACGGACAUGAGCUCCUAUGCUGAGGCUCUGCGAGAGGUGUCCGCUGCCAGAGAGGAGGUCCCCGGGCGCCGUGGCUUCCCUGGCUACAUGUACACGGACUUGGCCACCAUCUACGAACGAGCAGGGAGGGUGGAGGGUCGCAAUGGCUCAAUCACCCAGAUUCCCAUCCUCACUAUGCCCAAUGACGAUAUUACUCAUCCCAUUCCUGAUUUGACCGGUUAUAUCACAGAGGGACAAAUCUACGUUGACAGGCAGCUGCAUAACAGACAGAUCUACCCUCCAAUCAAUGUGCUUCCAUCCUUGUCUCGACUGAUGAAGUCUGCCAUAGGGGAGGGGAUGACCCGUAAGGACCAUGCUGAUGUGUCCAACCAGCUGUAUGCUUGCUAUGCCAUUGGGAAGGAUGUUCAGGCCAUGAAGGCUGUGGUGGGGGAGGAGGCCCUGACUGCAGAUGAUCUUCUGUACCUGGAAUUCCUGCAGAAAUUUGAGAAGAAUUUCAUCUCUCAGGGUGCUUAUGAGAACCGAAGUGUAUACGAGACCCUUGACAUUGGCUGGCAGCUGAUGAGAAUCUUCCCCAAGGAGAUGCUCAAACGGAUCCCGCAGAGCACCCUGGCUGAGUUCUAUCCCCGUGAAUCCAAACAUUAAUGCCCAGUCCCAGCUCUCUAUCAAGCCAUGUUUAACUGUCUUUUUGACCAUGCUGCUGUCAUCAAGUCCUUUAAGCAACAUGUGUGAAUACAUUCUGUGAUUCAGCUUGUUGAUGCCUCAGUAGAAUAUCAGUGUGUGGUUUUUGUGUAUUUUAUGGAAAAAAAUGGAUAUUACAAUUAUUGUAGACAGUUAUUGUAUCAGAAAUAGAAGGGUACACAGGUUAUAUUAACUAUAUGAAGGUUUUUCAGUAAGGAUUACAAAAAAACCAUCAGGGCAGAAGUUUAACAGACAUAUUAAGCAUAGAUAUAUAAUAUAUAGAUAUAAUUGUAUAAGUAAAUAACUGUAAAAGUUGUUUUUCUAUAACAGUGAUUAUGGAUAAAAGGCAUGGAAAUUAGAUGAUGUUAAAUAUAAGGCCGUGUCUAUACUCGCAGAUUCUCUAAAUUGUUUUGCUUGAAUGUGCAGAUGAUUAAUUAAAUGUCAGAAGUCAUGUCCUUUGCACAACUCAAAAAUUUACUUUUCCCACAAUUGUAACAAUCCAUUACUCAAAAUCUCCGCAUUAAUUUGCUGUGCCAAUCACUGUUUUAGUGUUUACAUAUUAAGCUAUCUACAGAUAACUGUUGUACUUGUUUAUUUAUGGUACCUGUUUUCAUUGGUUUGCUUGAACAGUGUGUCCAAAAAAUAGCGACCUGUAUUUAUUUGUUUGUUAUUUGAAUCUGUUAUUAUUAAUUACAAUGUGACUGUAAUUGUUGGAAUGUGUUGUGCAUUUUUAUGUUUGUGCCAUCGCAGAACGUCCAUAAUGUAAACAUGAUAUAAAAAUAUAAUUUAUCUGCUUGUCACUAGUAAAUUACAUAUGAGGCACUAACGGGUACCUUGACAAACCCUGACGACAAUGUCAAGUUAAACUGUUUUGUAUAUAUGUAAUUGGUAGUGAAUAUAAAUUAUAAAAAUGCAUAAUAAAUGAUGGAAAAUGUG